AUGUCCCGCGAGGCCCAUUCCGCUCAAAAUAAAUAUUCAGCUGGAGACCUUGAUAGCGACGCUGAAUGCGAAGUGGAGGACGCUACAACAACACUGCAAAUAAUCGACGACCUUAGAUCCAUUCUUCCUCUGGUAUUUCCAACGGAUGAUGAGGAUCCAGAACCAUCAAUGAUCUUCCACGACGACAUCUCACGACACAAUAUUCUCGUUGACGACAGCGGGAAACUGACUGGCUUGCUAGACUGGGAGUGCGUCUCAGCGGUGCCUUUAUGGAAGGCCUGCGACUAUCCUUCAUUUUUAGAGCAGCGACCACGACGCUCAGAGCCUAACAUUGAAAGAUAUAAACGCAGUGUCGACAAAGAACCUAGUGAACUGUACUUUGAGCACCUAUGGCAUUAUGAGAUCACUCUUCUACGCGAUAUAUUCAUUGAUGAGAUGAGAAGACUAGACUUGGGAUGGGUCGAAGUUUUUGAAAAGAGCCAGGUCAAAAGAGACUUUGACAAUGCAGUGCAUAGAUGUGACAGUGAUAUAUCUGCCCAGGAGAUCAAAGCAUGGAUUGGAGACAUGACCGCUGGUAUAAGCAUUGACGAUAGGAUCUGGUCACGGGGGGCAAUGCCAAUGUAA